AUGCCGCAAGUGCAGCAGCGGUCACGGGCGGCUGACGGCAGCAUUUUCGAAUAUUUCACGCCUGGAGGCUUGCCCGGCGAUGGCAGUGUACAUGCGUACAUGGAUGAAUUCGGGCCAUGCAGUACUCCCCCCGAAGAGCAGCAAACACGGCGAAUCCAAUGGUUUCCGGAGCGUGCGUCGGGGGUGUGGUGGCAAGUGGAAGGUACACAGCGAGACCUUAACAUCAAGCUCCCGGUAACCUUCCUAUUGGGCUUUGUGGGGGAAAGUGCAGCGCCACAACCGGCUGUGAUUGGCUGCUCCCUCCCCGAGGGACAGGCUUGA